AUGAAGAAGAAAAAAGUUCCAUCGAAGUCCCAGGCGUCCGGUAAGGGGAAGAAACAAGUCGGAGAGGAUUCCUGGCGUGCCGAAUUAGAGGCAAUCUCGAUAAACGACGACAACUGGUGGUGUAUCGUCGCAAUGAUGGUCGAGACGACCACCGAGCAUUCCAAGUACAUAUCCCUCUUCAACACCGCCGCCGAGGAGGGUAGACGGAAAGCUAUUUACUGCUUGAGCUAUCAGAAAAUGAUGUCCAGCGUGAAAAUAUUGUCGAAGCACAGUCUGGAGAAAUGUCCAACCGUUCAAGGUGUUUGCCAUUAUGCCAGCAGAAUGUUGUUUGAAGGAAGCAGUAGACUUCCUGCUUGGUUGGUAGCACGAAUCGUCAAGUACUUGAUCUAUCGGAUCAAGGAAAAGUCGAUUGGUAUUGUGAAGAGGAUGGCCGACUUGGAGCACGAGAUAGACGAAGAAUAUAAGAUUAUGCAGACUGUCGCUGAUUGGGGCCAGCCAGGCUCCAGGGCGUUCAACGCAGAAAGGUUGAAUAACAAACGGCUGACGAAACUGCGUAAACGAGGUGAAGAGUGGAGGGACACGAUCUACGUGGACGACGCGCCCCUGAACGGUCCGAAUCUGUACAUAAUUCUAACCGGCUUUCACGAUCCCGCUAUAUCGGAGCACCUAGUAAACGCUGGGGUGCCGUUGAACUUCAUAUUGCGGAUCAAGAAAUCGAAACGGGAUCUGGAACUGCUGGCGGAGGGCGACACGGCCAUGAACGAUUUCGAUAAAACCCGGCAUCUCCAUCGUUUCGGAAUAUACAACAGCAGUAUCUUUGAAUUGUUCCACUUCUGGUCGAAGAUCGAGACAUGGAUGAUGGAUCCUGAAACGCAUCCAGCUCUCCUCGACGUUGCGAUCCGUGUAUUCCGACCGCCGCGAUUUUCUCUUGUCUUCGACGACGUGGAGUACGAGCGUCUGAAGAGGGACAUGUACGACAAUGUUUCGUAUUUCAUGUACGAUCUCUAUGAUCUCUACCGGCAACACGGGAAUUAUUUGAAGAGCAUGAAGCUCCAGAAGCUCGCGGCCGAUGACCGUCAGGAGAAACACGACACGAAGAUUUACGAGGCUCUGCUGGACAGUGUCCCGCAGGAAUGUGUCUCCAUUCCGUUGGUACUGUUCGCUAUCCUGGCUCAAAUCGAUGGGAACAGGAACGAGGAACUGGCUGGCGGGAAAUCUGAGGGGGAAGAUACGAGUGACGGGAAAAUAGUGAGUCUUUCAGAGAUUUUUGUAGUUAGAGUGGACGUGAAACAAAAGUCACGUCUAGUAAGAGUCGCCAUGGCACGACAUUUCAACUAUGAUUUCUCACAAGAAACUGACGCGUUAGUUAUGGGACUUAGGACGAACAUCGACACGGAAGUGAAACACGAAACUAAGAACCAAUUUGACUCGUUCGUCGAGGAAAAGCUAAAGACCCUCAACGCUAAGUUCGAAUUGGACCAGACAGACAAUGCCGACGACAACGAAGAAACGUUAGCAGAGAUCGAAUUAAUUCUCCGCGAAGAUACUUUGAACGAGACCAUCCGUCUUCUCGAUGACUCCGCAAACUCUCGUGUUACUGCCACGAGCAACAUGAUCGACAAUAUCCUGCCCGUCUUCUGGGAUCCCCGUAUAAUGAGUACUCACGCAAAACACGGCGUGACCGUGAUGAAAUUGGACGAGUAUUCCCGUCACAUCGACAAAAUCCGCGGAUACAUGAGCGUGAAAGUGAGCAGCGAGGAAUUCAGGCAUUGUUUGCACAUAUUAAUGUUCGACAGAAUGAUAUUCGGGUCGACUCGAAGUCGAGAUAAAUCCACGGGACGAAACACGAAAGAAGAGACAACUGAGGACCCUAUAACUACAAAGAACUCACGGCCCUCGAUGAAACGCAGCAAAUCCGUUCCGAGUUUAACUUCGAAAUGUAGUCGACAGAUUCACUUCCACAGCGACGGGAACAUCGAAUACGGAAAAGUCCCGUCGUCGAUCGUCGAUUGUUCACCGUUGUUCGAGAUUGUAGAUCCAAGGGAGACGUUGGUCCCCGGUUACUUGGAGAAGAAUGUCUUCAGUUUGAGAUACAAAAACGAGGAUGGACUCAGGGAUUUUGAUUACAUGGAGCUGUUACCAAGGUCCAUUUUCAUGCAACGCGUGCAACAGUGCCUGGACACGUUCGACAGCUUCGAGACAGUUUAUUUCGAGCCGACCGACUCGGUGUUGCUCUACUUUAGCGACAAGUGGAGAGCUAAUGGGGUGCACGAGGAGGAAAGAAUGUCCAGCAUUCGGACCUCGGUACGGCUUCGUGACUUCUGCGAGUACGUUGUGGCGGAGGAACGGGAUUGGAUACAUCGGGAGGAACAGAUGUACAGAUCGCAGACCAGCGAGUCGUUGAAAAGAUUGAUGCUGAAGGUGGACGAAGUGAGGGACGAGACGCUGAUGUUCACGGACGAGGACUUUAUUCUGCCUUGGUCCUUGAAAGCCAAGGAUCUCGCCAAACGGAAGCUAGGUCUGUUAGAAUUUUAUCAAUGUCAAUGGACUCUGGGUGUUUAUGUAGAUUUUCAUUUACUGAGAUAUAAAUAUCGUUUAAUCCUCUAA